GUAGUGUUCAGUGAGCAGCGUCGUCAGUGAUCGGUAGUCAGUAACUAACUUACUCGGGCUGUAUGCUCGCUUAGUUAACACACAUUUUUUUUUACUCAGGGGUGUUUUACUUCAAGCCUUAAUCAGACACAAUGACAACAACAAUAAUAAUGCCGGAGAAGGAGAAGAUUGAAAGUACGCCGGAGUAUUUGGCCCAACUUUUGAAAGACAAGAAGACCAUUGCAACGAUGCCAAGUCUAUUCCAGCACGCUGAGCGGUUACUCGAUGAUGAAAUCAGCCGAGUCAGAGCGACACUUUUUCAGGUUACCAGUGGAGUCCAAGACUCGUUAGUACUUCCAGAAGUGAGUGGAGCCCCAGUACAACUUUCAGAAAAGCUUUUUGUUCCAUCAAAAGAAUACCCAGAA